AGUGUAAACAAAUCGACGAGUGACCUUCCCAAUAUGGAAAGUAAUUAAUUUAAUAAAUCGAGAUUAAUAAUGCAAGGAUAAUUCGUGACCGUUUUUUGGUGGAUGUUUGUGCCUCCUUGUAAACGUCUGUUUUGAGUUCACUCAGCUUAAUGCCAUUUUUGAACAUUUGGAUUAUGGUGUAGCUAUGGUUCUUCGUUUGGCACGAUGUUAUGCUCCAUUUGUCCUUCAACUUUUAACAGCGCGGACCUCCAUUAUGUGUGUUAAUUAUAGGCUAGGAGUGCAAUAUAAUAUUUCUUGCUUAUUUUGUUCAGAGAACAGCUAUCCACAAAGGCAAGCUCUAGUCUACAGCCUAUCUCUGUGGACAAUCGAAAAAAAAAUAGACAACCUUCCUCCGGAAUUUAAUUAAUUUCAAUAGUCAGACAGUAUAAGGCAUUCAUUUGAUUAGUGAAAAAUACAUGGAAACAUGAGAAACAGAGAGAUUAAUAGAAAGAGAGAUACAGAGGGAGAGAGAGGGGAGGCAGAAUUCUUCUUCACUGUCAGCUAAUUAUUUAUGCGUCUCAUGGCUUAGAUAGAAGAUUUAUCGAUGAUUUUAUCUGAGUGUUCAUCUUGGAGAAAAGGAAAGGGUGGGUGGGGCGUUAUUGAAAGCGAAUGUACAGUAGGCUAAUGCGGACAUUAUUUAUUUGUGUUUGUGUAGUUUUAUCAUCCACAAUUAUUCUUUCAACAUGUUACAUUCCAAAUACAUCGAUGGCUUCCCUAAAUCACGCAAGCACCGGCCAUGCAAGAGGAGCUUAUUGUUGCAAUUAAAUAAAAAAACAAAAAAAUCUGUUUCUGAAAUGCAUUUUUUAUAUAUUUUUUAAGGACUGCUAAAAGGAUACAAAGCAAUUUCCGUCUGUAAAUGCAAACCUCUCCAACUAAAAGGGGUUUGGAAUCGCUCAGUCGUGCAUACUGAAUUAUGUGUGAAAUAUUUUUCUUGUAAGGUAGUCUAACAUGGUCUGUUAAUUAAACGUUUUUUUUUUUUUUUUUUAAUUGAGCAAAUCUCCUGAGCCUGAAAUUUCCAAACGAGAUUUUGCCUCUGGCACACCCUCGAGAUAAUUAGCACCGUAUUCCUCCUGGUUGACUUUGGGUCCACACACAUCACGUAGCCCAACCACAGUCCUCCAGCCUACCAGAGAUACAAGAGAUUUACAGUGAUUUAGGGUGACAAUAUGUUACUGAUUUGAGAUGGUUUAAACUGUCCAUCUAUCAUAUCUUUGCACUGGCUAUUUACAUUCAAAUACCAUCUCGUUUCUCCUUUUCGGAUAAUUUAUGCUAUUUUCAAAAAGGCCUGGCUCAAUCAACUUCGUAUUUUAGGAUUAUAACAUUUGGAUGAUAUUCUAAUUGGUGUUUGGUGCCGCAAUGUUGACUAGGCUGUUCAGUGACCCGUCGCUGCUUCCCGACAUGCAUAAGUAUUCGGCCUGGGCAGAGGACAGCGAGAGCGAGGACUCGAAGACCAAGGAUGAUGAGGAUCACUGCCGCGUGGGCGAUGACGACAUGGAUGUCCCGGACCUGAGAAGCAGCCGGGCACAUUCUGAGAUCGGCGGUGAAGACGAGGAUGACGAGGCGGAUGAGGACGAAGGAGAGGACGGUGCAGAGGGGGACGGGCCCAAAAAACGGGGCCCUAAGAAGCGUAAAAUGACACCUGCGCGUAUCGAGCGAUCCAAGUUGCGUCGUCAAAAGGCAAACUCACGGGAGAGGACGCGCAUGCACGACCUGAACUCUGCGCUCGACAAUCUGCGUAAAGUCGUGCCCUGUUACUCAAAAACGCAGAAGCUCUCCAAAAUUGAGACUCUCCGUUUGGCCAAGAACUAUAUCUGGGCCCUCUCUGAGAUCCUGCGCUCCGGGAAGAAGCCUGAUCUUGUGUCCUACGUGCAGACGCUGUGUAAAGGACUGUCCCAACCCACGACCAACCUGGUUGCGGGUUGUCUGCAGCUCAACUCCCGAAACUUCCUAACGGAGCAGUGUCCGGAGGGAGGACGCUAUCCCGGCUCCAACUCCUUCUCCAUGCAUCCUUACCCCUACCAGUGCUCCCGCCUCUCCAGCCCUCAGUACCAGUCUGGUUCCAACUCGCAUCCCUUACGGACACACGGGUACUGCUCAGCCUACGAUUCGCUGUACGGUGGCAGUGGAUCUCCAGAAUACAACAGCCCAGAGUAUGAGGGGCCCAUCUCCCCUCCCGUGUGCAUCAAUGGCAACUUUUCUCUGAAGCACCAGGGCACUACGUCCCCCGAGGUAGCCGAGAAAGGCUAUCAUUACUCUAUGCAUUACUCCGGCCUGUCCGGCUCUCGCCCCACUGCUGGCCACAUAUACGGUUCUUCAGGGGUGCGGAGCAGCAUCCACACCGAAAACGUAUCGCCUUACCACGACAUGCACCUGCACCACGAAAGGGCCCCCGUCCCCGUGUACGAUGAACUCAAUGCGUUUUUCCACAACUGAAACAGCAGUAAUAUUGCCAUGCGUGGGAGUCUUCUUGCAAUCAACAAUCAAUUAGUUGCCCACCUUUGGCAAGGCGCGUGCACGGUCACACCCCCUCCCCUAAACCUUAGUCCCAAAGGACUAUGACACCAGACACGGAUCAUUGU